AUCACUGCGUAGAAUUUAAUGAUCUUCUCACCUGCAGCAGAUCUUUGGUGAGAAGAGAGGAGAAGUUAUUGUACCUGACCCCAGCGAAGUAUUCAUGAUGGUGUAGGAUCAUUGCGGUAUACGGCGUACUGUGGAAUUCAAUCACAGCUUUACUGGCGACUACUACUGAAGGAACACUGAAUCAUUUGGUUCAGCAUUUUAUCUGUAUUUUAACGAGCUUUCAAUUCCUAGCCAGCUACAGUAGCCACGUAGGCCCAGCUACCACCACCAGAAGAAUUGACUCUCGCCGGUCUGGCGCACAUCGUUCCCUACUACGUCCACUCAGUCAGUGUUUGCCAGUGAGGCCUAGACCUGCCUAGUAGUAAUUCUCGCCAACUAUCAUUUUGUACUGAAUUGAACCAACAAUGCCUAGAAGGAAAGGGCCAAAACGAGCUGCCGCUGGUGAAGACAUCACACUGACCAAAAAUGCUGACAGCUUGCCAGAGGAAAAGAAGAGGAGGAAGGUAGAUUCUGAUAAAACUGAAUUGAAAGGUGACAGUACAUCUAUGACAGUGGUAGAAGCAGGCCCUGCAGGUUUUAAAAGUGCAAUUGUGAUCACUGAUUCUGAUGUAAAAUUACCAGGACGAAAACAGGUUUCUUAUGAAGACUUUACCUACCUGAAAGACAAAGGUCAACCAGGAACACAGGUUAUGCUUGCCCAUAAAUAUACAGAUGAUGUGGACCCAAAGGGAUGGUGGAUGAGUGAGAAGCUUGAUGGACUGCGGGCAUUCUGGAAUGGAAACAACUUCUACUCUCGACUUGGAAAUAAAUUCUAUGCACCUGAAUACUUUACUAAGAAUUUUCCAAAAGACAUUCAGCUUGAUGGUGAACUGUUCUUUGGCCGUGGAGAAUUCUCAAAGGCGGUUAGCAUUGUCAAGUCCAAGGAUGUUGAUAAAGGAUGGGAUAAGCUUACGUUUGAGAUAUUUGAUGCACCAAACAUUAAAGCAGAGUUUGAGGAUAGAAUUGAAGCUGUUGCAGAUUACUUUGAGAAAAACAGAACUCCUUAUGUUCAUGUGUUAGAACAUGUACUUUGUAAAGGCAAAGAUAACAUAGAACAACAGCUGAAACGUGUAGAAACCUUGAGCGGUGAAGGCCUCAUGAUACGCGAGGCAAAAUCUGAUUACGACUUUGGAACACGCUCAAAAACGUUGCUGAAAAUCAAAUCAUUUUAUGAUGCCGAGGCUAUUGUGAUUGGCUAUGAAAAAGGAAAAGGUCGUAAUACAGGCGUAGUGGGUGCUCUUUGCUGCAGGAUGGAGUGUGGAACUAAAUUUUCAGUUGGCUCUGGGUUGAAUGAUAAAGAACGUAAAAAUCCUCCGAAGAAAGGAAGUAUCAUCACGUACAAGUUUCAGGAAUUGACGAAGUCUGGCAAGCCAAGAUUCCCAACUUAUAUUGGUGUCCGAAUUGACAUGGACAAACCUAAAGACGCUGUACUGCCAGCUGGUAAGAACAAUGAAUAGAGAGUACCUUCUUCUGCAUGUCAAGAAAAAAAAAUAACCAUGAUGACUGGAUGCAAUGUACAUUUGACUCUCAUUGCAGUACUGUAAAUUAAAUAUAUUGAAGGUAUUUGGAAAACAUGUGCGAAAGUUAAUAAUUGUGUAAUAAUGGCAUACAAGCAUGUGACUGAAUGCAAUAUGGUGAUUUGAUAUUGAUGAAGCAUUAAAAUAAUUUUGUAUAUUUUUAACUGUGUGUAAAAAUAUAAAAUUUACUAUUUCAAUAUGGAAUGUAUGUGUUAAAUUUGAAAAAUUAAAAUCAAAUUUUAUUUAUUCUUUUGGAAUUAAAGUGAGUACAAUAAUGGAAAUAAUCAUAUCUUUCUAAUGCAAAUAGGGAUGAAUACAUAUACAAAUUUACUAGAUUAAAUGAUAUAAUGAUUUAGUAAAAUGAUAGAGUAGAAAAAUGAAUUUUAUAUAUUUGUAACUGUGUAUAAAGAUUUAAAAUUUACCAUUUCAAUAUGAAAGUUUAAAAUUAAAAUCAAAUUUUAUUUAUUCUUUUGGAAUUAAAAUGAGUUCAAUAAUGAAAAUAAUAAAAUUUUUAACACAGAGAAUAUUAGUACAUAGAUGAGUGCCAGUUGAGAAAGAGAUAGGCUGGACCUGGAAACAUCCCGGAAAUUUGUUACAUUUUUAUUGGUUGAUCUUAAGAAAUAGUAUUUCAAUUAUUGUAGAUGUAUUCCAUAAUAUGCAAGAUAAAAUUUAUUGCACAAAGAUUAAAUUAAUUUAUGAAACAAAUGCUUUCAGGUGUAACAGCUGUCAGGUAUGUUUUGAAUACAUAAAUCUAACAUGUGUUAGAAACUUGAAAAUAGGAUAACUGUAAAAAGCGUAUCAUUUUAAUGAUUAUAGAACUGUAUGUUAAUAUUCUUGUAGGUCAAGUGCAAAAAAUAAUAAUGAUAUAUAAAACUGAACUCUUAUUAAAAACCCAGACACAGAAAUACUGAGAUGAUGUCCAGCGGGAUAGUUUUUAUCACUAGAUUACUUCUAGUAAUAGUUUCACAUUUCUCUACGAGCAAUCUUUAUUCGGGCCCUGAAACCAAGGCUCAUAAAUAUCAGGUUGAUGUCUGGCAGGGAUAGUUUUAACUCUAGAUUACUUCUAGAUUAGCUUAAAUAAUUUUUUGUAAAGUGGGGUCUUUUUAUUUGUUAUAUUUUAAUUAAGGAUUACAUAAAGCAUUGCUUCCAGUGUGAAUCCUAAAUACAUCUUGUAUUCAUAUUUUCACACUGUUUUUUAUCAUUGUAAUUACACAUGUUAAUAUGAAUGUGACUUUGCGAAAGAAAUUGGAAUUGAAAUUUAGUACUUAUUAGAAAUUACUAUUAUUGCAAUACACUUUUACAGUUUAUAUAGUGUGAUAUACAAGGCCAAUAAGAGCCUACUGUUUGUCUUUCAUUAGAUGCCUUAAUUUUAGCAUGGAGAAAAUUUUGUACUUUUGAGAUGUGUCAAUUUGGUAUCCUUUGGUAUGGUAGUGAUACUUCAAUACAUUGGUAUUAGAUCUGAUAUAGUCAUUAUUUGUUGUGUGGUUGAUUAUAAAAUAUGUUUAGUUUGUUUAAGUUGUGUCCUUUUAUUUGUUAUGUUUUAAGCAUUCAUAAAUUAUUGCUUCCAAUAUAAUUCCUUGCAUCUUGUGUUCAUAUUUUCAUUUAAUGUCAUUAGUUAUUUAUUCUGCAAUAUUUUGAGAGGGUAGUUCGAACAGCAAUGCUUACUUGGAAUAGGACCUCUUUCAAAUCAAUUCAAAUACAAUAUAAAAAUCCUAACUAAAAUAAAUUAAGACAAACAGACACAUGUUAAUAUGAAUGUGACUUUGUGAAUUAAAUUAGAAUUUAAGUUUUAACUUUUGUACAAUUUCGAAAUUUACCAUUAUGACAAUACAUAUAUGUUAUAUAAUGGAUAUAUAUUAUAUAAAUACAACAUAUGCCUAUGUCUUUCAGUAAAAUUCUUAAUUUUGUACAAAGUGGCUAUUUUGGUACUGUUUUUUUAGUGAUUCUUCAAUACAUUGGUAUUAGAUAAGGAUAUAAUAAUUAUUUUUUGUGUGAUUGAUUAUAGUAAAAGUUGGGUAUUACAUUGUGAAAGUCUUUUUAAAAAACAAGAACUAAUAACUGUCAGGUUCAAAAGAGCAAAUCCAACUUCUUUAGGUAGGGACGGACAAACAGCUUGUAAAAGUUAUUGGAAGUAUUGUAUCUUGAAUAAAACAAUAGUUUGAAUA